AUGCCACCCAAGUCCUCCAAGGCUGGUCAGGACGACUCCAAGGCCGAGAGUACAACCACAAAGGAAAAGCACUCGUCUGGUUCCGGAAGUCACCAUACGAAUGGCAAAAUGCGACGUGUAGCCAGUUCCACUGGCUCUAACCUGCGCGAGGUCACAAACGCCAACGCGGUGGCAGACGCUGCGCCUACGAAGUCGGAACCUCAGAACCCAGGGAUUCAGUGGAACACCUUCGAUCGAGAGACCUUACAUGCUUAUCGUCGUGAGCACCACCUCAACACCCCAACUUCCUUCUCCUGCUCCUACCGUCAGCUGGUCCUCUCACGCCCCGGCGGUAUUGGACUACACUCUCCGACCAUGGCUCGAAAGAAAGUCGACCGAAGGCAAAGCAAGGAACAGCUGGCCAUGGCUGUGCGGAAGCACUUCAAUGGUGUCGGAGUCCAAGAAAACGACGUUAUUGUCGACUUCAUCCACAAAGUCAGGAGUCACUCCAUUACCAAAGCCGACCGGAAUAGGAGGCCAAACUCGACACCUCACGACGCCUGA